ACUACACGUAACUUCCUGGAGACGCUUUUCUUGUUUUCCCAUGGAAAAUGGCGGCUUCUAGCCCAGAUCGCAGCUCAGAUGGGGGGGAGGCCGAACCCGGGACCGAAUCCGAGCCAGAUACGGAUCCCUGGACGGGAGUGGGACCGAUCGUUAUAAGGGAGCCCACUGUUAAGCUCCUGAGUCCGGUGAGCGGCCUAGAACCGCUCUCGUGGUCCGAAGACCACCGAAUCUCGGCCUCCAGUACGAAUAACAUUUCUCUGAUGGAGAUCGUGUGCGAUGUCCACGGCUACGGACAAGACCUGAUCAUCCAUCGCACAUCUAUCCCCCUGUCGGACAACAGCUGUGUGUUGAAGGUAGGUCCAGAGGAGGAGGUAUUAGAGAUUAAGGAACAGUAUGCCAGCUCCAAGGACCUGGCGGUGAGCCAGUGCUUCAGACUGGACAGAACCCUGAACCAAGGCGGGGACGCCCACCCCCCGGCUGCCGGCUUCAAGUACACCAGCUGGUCCCCGCUGGGCUGCGACACCAACGGACGGUGCCUCCUGGCCUGCCUCACGCUGGACAACCGCCUGACGGUGCACAGCAACGCCAGCAGGCUGCAGUGGACGACGCUGGUGGACCUGACCGAGCUGUACGGGGAGAUGCUGGCGGAGAAGGACUACUGCCUGCCGGGGGCCGAGGCGCCGCGGGGCCCCCUGGAGGACGUGGCCGAGCUGGAGCGCCGCUACCGCAUGCAGACGCCCGUGCGCAUGGAGUGGUCGAGCGUGUGCGCCACCCAGCAGGUGCAGACCAACAAUGAGUGCAAGGACGUGGGCACGGUGCUGCUGGCCGUGCUGAUGGAGAACGGCGACGUGGCCGUCUGGCAGUUCGGCCUGCCGUUCCUGGGCCGGGAGUCGGUGGUGUCGUGCAGCACCAUCCGCUCGGGCGUGUCGGCCCCCAGCGUGCUGGCGUGGUGGGAGUACGAGCACAGCGGGCGCAAGAUGAGCGGCCUGAUCGUGGGGAGCUCCGUGGGGCCCGUCAAGAUCCUGCCCGUCAACCUGAAGGCGGUGAAGGGCUACUUCACCCUGCGGCAGCCCGUGGUGCUGUGGCAGGAGACGGACCAGAUCCCCGUGCACAACAUCAAGUGCAUCUCGCUCUUCCACCCGUACCAGAAGUGCAACUGCAGCCUGGUGGUGGCGGCGCGCGGCUCCUACCUCUUCUGGUGCCUCCUGCUCAUCUCCAAGGCCGGCCUCAACGUGCACAACUCGCACAUCACCGGCCUGCACUCCUCGCCCAUCACCUCCAUGACGGCCGGCCGCCACGGCGGCUCCGUCUUCACCUGCUCGGCCGACGGCGUGGUGAAGAAGCUCACGCCCAUCUUCACCGACGUGGCCGUCAUGUUCAAGCAGGAGGAGAUCCGCCUGCCCGAGGGCGUGGCCGGCCGGAGGACGCACGGCGUCGCCGUCAGCCCCAACGGCGCCUACCUGGCCCUGGUGACCGCCGAGGGGCUCACCAACGGGCAGCGCCCGCCCGGCCGCGCCCACCAGGUGCAGUUCGUCACGCUGAAGACGCCGGACGACGCGGCGGCCGAGCUGCUGGAGUCCGGCGUGCAGAACCUGUUCCGGCAGACGGACCUGCUGGACCUGGUGCGCUGGAAGGUGCUGCGGGACAAGCGCAUCCCGCCGCUGCUGCAGGAGGAGCUGGACGACAAGGUGCACGCCACGGGCUCCACCUACCUGUGGCGCUUCAAGCUCUUCCUGUUCCGCGUGCUCUACCAGUCCCUGCAGAAGGCCCCCGCUGACAGGCGCUGGCGCCCCUCCCACCAGGACGCCAAGGCCUUCAUCGCGGACGAGGAGGAGGAUGACGAGGACGAGGAGGAGGAGGAGGAGGAGGAGGAGGAAGGGGAGGAGGAGGAGCCGGUCGCCGGGGGCUCGGCCUCGGCCUCUGAGGGGGCGGGGUCGCGGUCGCGCGGCCCCGAGGUCGGGGGGCCCUCGGAGGACCAGAUGAGCGAGAUCAUCGCGUGGAUCGAGGCGGUGGAGUCGCACCUGACGCGCGAGCACAUGAAGAGGGUUCUGGGCCAGGUGUACCUGCACACCUGGAUCACGGAGAACACCAGCAUCCCCACCAGGGGGGUCUGCGACUUCCUGAUGAGUGACCCCACCUACGAGGACAGGGCCGCCAGGGUCCUGAUUGGUCACAUUUUCAAGAAGAUGAACAAGCAGACCUUCCCAGAGUACUGCAGCCUGUGCAAGGAGGUGCUUCCAUUCACUGACCGGCGACAGGCAGUGUGCAGUAACGGUCACAUGUGGCUGAGGUGUGUGCUGACGUACCAGGCCUGCCAGACUCUGUCGUAUCGACGCUGCCUCCUGCAGGACAGCAUAGCCAGACACCCCGUGCCCGACGACCCGGACUGGAUCAAGCAGAUCCUGCAGGAGCCGUGCACCUUCUGCGACUCCCCGCUCUUCUAGUCCCAAUCGCGGGUUCGGACGGUCCGUUCAGCCCCAGGCUCCGCGGUUUGGACGGCCGGCGAGCGGGAGGGCCGCGCCGCCCCCGCCGCGGUCUCCGCGGACCGCGAACGACAUCAUCACCACCAUGCAUCACCACUGUUAUUGAUUUGUGUUACCUUUCGUCGCGCAGGGGGGAAACGGCGAGUUUAAGCACACCCUUCUUCCGUUUCCCCGAAGCCCAGAGCUCCGGCGUGAGGGGGGGGGCGGGGGGAGGCGGUGCGGAACCUGCGGACGCGGGUUGGGAAACGCUCCCACGGCCUGUCGACUCCCUGCUCCUGCGAGCCUCCACCGCGGUAGCUAACGCGGCGAAACGCGAGGGCCGCGACUUCAAUUUUUAAUUAUUAUUAUUUUUUUUUUUAGCCACAGGAGUUCCCGAGCGCUUGCGCUUCUUUAAAAAACGCGUUUUCCCUAAUUGGCUUUGGGAAAUUGAUGCGGAGCAGACGCUUCUCCUCUUGUCACUCAGUUCCCGCGCCCCGUAAGAACUCCUGAGACGAGGACUUCAUAUAAAUGAGGAGAGAGCGAGAGAGCGAGAGGGAGAGAGCAGAUUAAAAAAAAGAAAGAAAGAAAGAAAGAAAGGAAGGAAGGAAGGGGAGGCUGGAGGUACCGGGGCCGCUCCCCAGGGUCCGGUUCCUAAUGAGAUUCCGCGGUAAUGAGGGACCGAUCCGGCGGGCCGGCGCGCGGCCGGCUUUAAUUACCGGGGUUAGAGUGCACGUUGUUAAAUAUGAUUAACCCUUUUCUGAGAACACGGGCCUGGGGAGGGGGGGAGGUGGUGGACGGGGGGCGGGGGGCGGGGGGGGCGGCGUGUUUCCCCCGGUCGUCACGGCGCUACACGGAGGUUAGUGGCUCCUGAUCAAAGACGCGCUGGAGCGGCGGCGCACCUCGGGGGGGUGCCCCCCCGGCCGUCGUGUCCGCCCGUGCCUCUGAGGGCCCCGGCCUCGCUAACGCUGGCUCACGCUGGCUCACGCUGGCUCACGCUGGCUAACGCUGGCUCACGCUGGCUAACGCUGGCUAACGCUGGCUAAUGCUAGGUCGCUACCCGCUCAGAGCGCCGGGCUACGUCGGUUAGCGUCGGGAGCGCUGUGCAGUCCAAACCGUACGGCGAAUGACUAGGAGGGCCGGAUCAGUGCGGAUCUGCCGCGGUGUUCCUGUUUCCCUUCAUUCAGCUGACGUUAAAAGCUUACGCCUGUGGAAUGCAGGUCGAGUAUUGUGAGGAAAAAAAUUGGGUGCUGAAUUUGGCUAAUUAAUUGAUUUUCAGAGUAGAUUAAGGACAGGUUUUCCUGUAAAUGUGAUGAUAUGACUAUUUGCGGAGGCUUCUUUGUAAAAAAUGUCAAGUAGAGAAGAAAAUAUUAGCGGCUUAAAGGUUAUUAUAAAGGUCAAUGUGUGUUUUAAAAAAAAAAAAAAAAAAAAACGUUAAUUUUGUUUGCCUUUGAAUGAUUUAGAUGUCGAUCAUUACUGAUUUAUCAACAAAAUGGGACCUGAAAAUAUAUACUUUAAAGUGAUAAAUUAAUGUCCGAGCUCCAGAACAUGGGGGAAAAAAAACAUGCAUACAAGUGCGACCACUUGUGCUGAUAAAACAGUAUUCAGUUCUGUAAGAAGUAGACAGAAUGCACAGUACACCGCUCUCGGAAGAAAAUGUGCUGCAAAGUUUGAUCCUGAAGUAUGACUGCUGCCAAACCUGUAAGCAGGAGCCAUUUCUUUUAUUGUAUGAGUAUUGUUUUUUUUUUUUUUUUAAUCAUUCAAACACCUUGAUUUAUAGAAAGGAAGAAUCUCUGAACGCUAAUUGCCUGAGUUGGAGAUUGUUUGCUGUGUAGGGGUUAGACCUCUAGUGCUUAGGGCCACACUGAUGUGAGUUUAAUUUUUUUUACUGUAUUUGUGACGCCACACGAUAGCUGGAAAAACUAGCCAGUAUUUUCUUUACUGAAUUUCAGUGUCAAGUUACCUCAGCAGAGAACUGAUCCAAUUUAAAUUAGAAGAAUCCCCAGGAAUAUCCGAGACCCUGCUCAUGAAAUGGACCUGAAUGGAUUUUCAAUGGUGAAAACAAUUAGAAAAUGCAUUCGUGCAAAAGAAAUUAUCGUGACAACUGCAAAGAACAUGUUCUUUUCUUGAUUCAUUUUAUACUGCAGGACUUGGGUAACACAAACAAAAGACAGGAAAGUGACAGCAUUAUCAACCCAGUGAGAAAGGUUGCAGACGUUUAUAUCAAUAUAAAAAGUGUAUCUGUGAUGUGACCCACCCAAUUAUUAAGUCCACCUAUUAUUUUAUGUUAUAUAGUUAUAAAACGUUUUUGCUGUAAUUAUGUGUCCACCCAAUAACCAAAAGUGAUGGAAGGGGGAAGCCCACACUGUGUGCAGCUACCAUGUGUUGUUAAUCACUGAUUCCCAUUAACCAAUUAAAAAAAGACCAUGAAGAAUCAAGAACCAUUCAGUGAUUCCAGUGCAGCGAGUGAUUGACGGAGUAUUGUAGCUCCUCCCUUUUUUUAAGAUCAGGAAACCUCACACUUCCUGGCUCUCUUCUCCCGCUUGUCCUCGGAUUGAUUUUUUUCCACUAACCCGUGUAUUUUUAUCUUUUGAUGUGGAUGGCCGGAUCACGUUAACCGUGAUUCCGUGUAGUUAUGAUUUCGCCUCCCACGUCGGUUUUCUUGUCUAAAUAAAAUCCGGAUUUCGUUCGUAACUUAACGCGCAGAAAGUCGGCACCAAAAAGGCUUUGGUCACUUGUGUGGUACGAAAGGUUCGAUGGGCGAUUGGUUGCUUCUUGCAGUUUAAAACCCCAGGUUCAUUGGUCUUGACACCUCCAUUGUUGAACCGAGACACCAUUUUGUUUGCACACAUUUCUUUGCAAAUGGCAUCAUGUAAGGUUUACCAUCUAUUGUCCAUGUGUUGCUGAUUGAUGGAGCUUGUCCUUUUGAAGCAGCCGGCUUGGGUGUCUUGCUCAAGAGGAUACUAACUGUAUCUCACUCAGGAGGCCCGCGACCCACAAUGCCCUGUGCCUUCCGUAAGUCUUCACUACAGUAUCUGACUAUAACUAUGUGCAAUGGUUCUUAACAUUAAUGGACUGUCAAAAAAAAAACACUUAAUCCUGCAGAGGGAAUAUCUGAGCCACAGAUUCCCCCCCCCCAUGUCCCCUGUUUUUGGUUUCUUCCAGAAACUGUUCCAUACACUUUAAUGGUGCUGUUUUUUGCUGGGCAGUUAAAGCUCACAGGGAUAGGGGUGAGGUUUUAAGCCCUAUUUAUUUGCAUGGUCUGUAUGUUUUUUUUUUUUUAAUUUUUAUUUCUUGUGUAUGUUCUUUUCCUUUCCCUUUUGUAAAUAAACAUGUUUAUAAGUAUUUUCUA